AUGGCGAACGACGAGCUGCUCACCGACGAGUACGUCGCCGGGCUCCUGGCGAAGGAGGCCAAGGACGCCUCAGCGAAAUACUCUGCCAUGGGGCUCGAAGCCUACAACUCUUCCCGGCCCUCGAACAAGCUGAAGCCCAACACGCGCUUCCUGCGCCACAUCAUCAAGGAGACAAAGAACCACAACGAGGCGCUGCUGGCAAGGGAAGCCGCCGAGUCGCAGGCGCGGCUGCAGGACCUGGCCGAGGCGGAGGACAAGAAGAGGAAGCGGUACAAGCCUGAGUCGGGGGCGAUUAGGAACCGCCAGCUCGGCGACAUCGCUGCCAUACUGGGGGGCAAGAAGCGCAGGCGAGCUGCGGAAGAGGAAGGGAAGGAGCAGUUGGGCCCAGCGAGGGCGAGCGUGUCCGGGAAGGAUGAUGGCCGGCUGAAGCAGGACUCUCCUCCACAGGACGAACCAGAUGAGGGCGAGGACUCAGACCCCUUAGCAGACAUCAUCGGGCCGGCUCCGCCUCCUCCAACUCGCAUCCGCGGACGAGGUGCGCCCGGCUCGUCAGCCAUGGACAGCCGGUUUUCUGACAACUACGACCCGAAAUCGGACGUGCAGCCCGACACAACAGCUGGCGACGACUGGGACGACGCCCUCGAAGCUCUUCGCGACCGAGCGAAGUGGAGACAGCAGGGCGCAGAUAGGUUGCGUGCGGCGGGAUUCACCGACGAGCAGGUGUCGAAGUGGGAAAAGAGCGGUGGUGAAAAGAACAUGGACGACGUCCAGUGGAGCAGGGCGGGAGAAAAGCGAGAAUGGGACCGGGGCAAAGUUCUUGGUGAUGAUGGGACGAUUGGACAUGGCGCUGAAUGGGGCGAGUAG